UUCAAUUGAGUCCUUUAAGUAAGUUAAAUUUCAAAAAAGGGACAAACUUAAAUUUCAACUAGGUAUCUUUUCUGCUAAUGAAUGGGUUCUUCGGCUACACCUUCCGUUUUCUCAAUAAAAUUCAAUUGUUCUGUUUUCUGCCAUGAACUACAAACUAGGAACUAGUUUCCACAAAAUAUACACAACUACAAAUCAUCAUGUAAAACACAUUCUCUCAUUUUUUGCUAAUGUUCCAUUUAAACCAACCCGAAACUUGUCUUAUUUGCAAUUGCAACCCCAAGAACAACAAGGAACUUCAACUUCCUACACAACAACCAGGUGCAAUAAUAAUGUCUUGUCAAAAUCACAUAUUUUUGAAAAAUCUCUCACAGCCCAAUUGGAAUCUAUGUUCAGGGCUAGUUCAGAUUCACCAGAUGCAUCACUGCUUCAACAAGUUAGACAAAUUCAUUCUCAGGUUGUUGUUGGUGGUAUGAGUAAUAGUAUUACAUUGGGUUCAAGAAUUUUGGGUAUGUAUGUUCUUUGUAGAAGAUUCAACGAUGCUGGUAACUUGUUUUUCAGGCUUCAAUUAUGUUUUAGUCUUCCUUGGAAUUGGUUAAUAAGAGGUUUUUCUAUGUUGGGUUGUUUUCAUUUUGCAUUCAUGUUUUUCUUUAGAAUGUUGGGUAGUAAUGUUGUACCUGAUAAGUAUACAUUCCCUUAUGUCAUUAAAGCUUGUGGUGGUUUGAAUAAUGUGAAGCUGUGUAAGAUGGUUCAUGAUUUGGCUCGGUCUUUGGGAUUUCAUAUGGAUUUGUUUAUUGGUAGUUCUUUGAUUAAGUUCUAUACAGAUAAUGGUUAUAUUCAUGAUGCUAGAUGCGUGUUUGAUGAAUUGCCUCUUAGAGACUGCAUUUUGUGGAAUGUUAUGCUUAAUGGUUAUGUGAAAAAUGGGGAUUUUAAGUCAGCGUUAGGAACUUUUCAGGAUAUGAGGAACUCUUAUAUUAAGCCUAAUUCAGUAACGUUUGUUUGUCUUUCGUCGGUAUGUGCUACGAGAGGGAUACUUGGUGCUGGUAUUCAGCUUCAUGGUCUUGUUAUUAGGAGUGGGUUUGAGUCUGAUCCACAGUUGGCAAACGCACUUAUUACAAUGUAUUCCAAAUGUGGGAACCUUUUUGAUGCUCGUAAGCUUUUUGAUAGGAUGACCCAGACUGAUACAGUUACUUGGAAUGGUUUGAUUGCUGGAUAUGUACAAAAUGGAUUUACAGACGAGGCUGUCGCUUUGUUUAAAGCAAUGAUUGCUAGUGGAGUCAAACUAGAUUCGAUCACAUUUGCGACUUUCCUUCCUUCGAUUCUUGAAUCUGGGACUCUCAAACAUUGUAAGGAAGUUCAUAGUUAUAUAGUGCGUCAUGACGUGCCUUUUGAUGUCUAUUUGAAGAGUGCUCUUGUUGACAUAUACUUCAAGGGCGGAGAUGUGGAGAUGGCGCGCAAAACCUUCCAGCAGAAUAUGUUGGUUGACGUUGCAGUUUGCACUGCUAUGAUCUCAGGCUAUGCACUUAACGGGCUGAACGUUGAAGCUAUAAACAUGUUUAGGUGGUUAAUUCAAGAGAAAAUGAUCCCUAAUUGCCUGACUAUGGCUAGUGUUUUGCCGUCUUGUGCUGCUUUGGCAUCUCUGAAAUUAGGGAAGGAAUUGCACUGUGACAUUCUGAAAAAAGGACUGGAGAAUGUGUGUCAAGUGGGAUCUUCCAUCACAUACAUGUAUGCGAAAUGUGGAAGAUUGGAUCUGGCAUAUCAAUUUUUCAAAAGAAUGCCUGAAAAAGAUAGUGUGUGUUGGAACUUAAUGAUUGUAAGUUGCUCACAGAAUGGGAAACCAGAAAUGGCCAUCGAUCUUUUUCGUCAAAUGGGAACGAGUAGAACCAAGUUUGAUGCUGUGAGCCUAUCAGCUACUCUCUCUGCUUGUGCAAAUUAUCCAGCACUCUAUUACGGAAAAGAGUUGCAUUGUUUUGUGGUAAAAGAAAACUCAUUCAUCUCUGACACUUUUGUUGCAAGUGCACUAAUAGACAUGUAUUCCAAAUGCGGAAAACUAGCUUUGGCUCGGUGUGUGUUUGACAUGAUGAAUUGGAAGAAUGAAGUUUCAUGGAAUAGCAUCAUUGCUGCCUAUGGAAACCACGGUCGCCCAAGAGAAUGCCUGGAUCUGUUUCAUGAGAUGUUAGAAGCUGGGAUUCAACCUGAUCACGUUACUUUUCUUGUCAUAAUAUCGGCUUGUGGGCAUGCAGGCCUAGUGGAUGAAGGUAUGCACUACUUCCGUUGCAUGACCGAGGAAUACGGGAUAUGUGCUAGGAUGGAACACUAUGCGUGCAUGGUAGAUUUGUACGGUCGUGCUGGUCAUUUGCAUGAAGCGUUUGAUACGAUAAAGAGCAUGCCAUUCACCCCAGAUGCAGGUACUUGGGGGUCACUGCUUGGAGCUUGUCGGAUUCAUGGAAAUGUUGAGUUGGCUAAACUUGCUUCAAGACAUCUUCUUGAAUUAGACCCGAACAAUUCUGGAUACCAUGUUUUGCUUUCAAAUGUACAUGCUGGAGCUGGUGAGUGGGAAAGUGUUCUUAAGGUUAGAAGUUUAAUGAAGGAAAAAGGGGUUCAGAAGAUACCUGGAUACAGCUGGAUUGAUGUCAAUGGUGGCACUCAUAUGUUUUCUGCUGCCGAUGGAAGUCACCCACAAUCUGUUGAGAUCUAUUCGAUUCUCAAGAGUCUUCUUCUUGAGUUGAGAAAACAGGGUUAUGUUCCUCAACCUUAUCUUCCGCUACACCCACAAAUAGUGAGCAACAAUUUAGUGGAGAAUAAUUGAUUUAUUUCGUAUUCCCAUUUCUUGCGAUCAGCCAUAACAAAUAUUACUUGAUGCAACGCUUGUCAUUAUUACAAAUACUAACUUAACUUAUUUAUGGGUUUGGUGUCAGACAUCCCUUAUGCUGCUAAUUCUCAAGUUGUCAUUAUUCUUCAUUGUAUGAAUUUAGCAGCACUAACAUAUUAUUCAAAGUUAUACUUCAAAUAACAUUACUGGAAUGCUGUAAUCACUUCAGAGUUGUUCCUCACUUUCAUUGUCAACUCUGAAGUGGACCUCUGGUAUAUUACUUCAGAACUAGCAGGGUUAUGUUCCUCACUUCAAAUAUUUAUGGGUUUGAUGUGCAGUUUCUACUGUUUGUAAACUCUGGUACCAUGUCUUUUGCAGGUUUUUCAUUUCUCUUAUCAUUUGCCUUCAAUGUGCAGUUACCUUCUUCUUCUUUUUUAUUUUUUAUUUCCUUUUUAUUAUUAUUGACAGAGGGUAGAUGAGUGUGUUUGUUGCAAAAGCAAAUGAUGGUUCUAUUUGUUAAUCCUUUUGUAAAAAUUUGUAAAACCUCGUGUUACUUAUAGUGGAAAGGAACAUAUCAACAUUGAAGAAAAGAAAAAUGUAUGAGAUGAUAUUCUAUACUUAUUUCUAAUCAAUUUUCUAAUGUAUUGUACA